UAAAACUAAGUAUUUAGUUGAUCGGUUGAGCGUUAAAUUCGUACUUCCAUUCGGGCGUACCGGUUUCAUUUCGUUACAAUUCAGGCCAACUAACUGUAUCGUUAUGGUGUAGAAUUUACUGCAUUCAGUAGUCUGAAUUGUUUGGAAACGAACGAAUGUUACGGAAUUAAAAAUUUAUAACCGAUCAGAUCAAAUUAUUCUUUAAAGGUUGUAAUAUAAACAUAAUUUGUAAGCAUUAAAUUUACAUUGUCGUAAACAUGAGUGGAAGAUUUAAUAAUUUAUUCUUCUACACGCGUACAUAAAUUUGCUUUUCGAUUUUUGAAAUACGAAUCAAAGUAACGAUAUGAAUAAGUAAAUUGAAUAAAUAAAAUGAAUAAAAUGCUUCUAGUUAGUUGUAAAAUAAUCGAAUAAUACUUGGUGACAGGUAUAAUUGUUAUUCAUAUUUACGAAAAAUUGUUGACUGUUCAGUUUCGUCAUAAGAUUAUUUUGAAACAUAUUCGAUAUCUAACGUGAUGCGGAUGUACAACCAGGUAAUUUGGGAGACCAGCUAUUUAAAGCUACGCGACAUAUUCACACAAAUAUAUUCAAUUACACUCGAUGGUUUUAAAUAACAGCUAAGCAAAAUCUUGCUGUGCGCGAAAGAAAGGAAGAGAUCGAGAAAUAGAUUUACAAGCAUUGUGUGAAUGUUUACUCGGGAAGAGAUGAGAAAAACGAAUGAAAGUUGGUGGUAAAUAUUUUGGGCCACGAUAUAGGCAGCCUGGAUUAAAAGUAUUCGUAUAGUAUGAACGUGAAAAUGGGGAAGACCGUGUUCUUUAUGUUAAUAAUUAAAUUGAUAUACAGAUGAUCGCACGUUAUACACCAAUGUUAGCAGUAAUAAACAUAACAAAAUGAAAGAGUUAACUGCGGUACUUUGUAACUUAUGACAAUAGAAAAUUCACAUUACGAUAGAUUAUCAAUUUAUAUUACAAUUAAUAUUUUUUAAGAUUGCCCUUUCCACGAAUAAUCGUUUGCAUUCUAUUUGGCAUGAAGCGUAUUAAGUUUUUAACAAAAUUUACCGAUAUUAUUUAUUUACUCUACUCCGUUGCUCUCGCAGAGCCUCUUUAGGCUCUCUUUUUUCCUUUCAUAUGGUGUUUUGUUAUUCUUUUUCCGAAUUCCCACUAUAUGUGCACACGUUUUAAGCUCGACGAUUACGGUCGUAUAGUUUCCGUUUUACGAUAUCGAGCUUGUGCAUACUAUAUUCGAUCAACAUCAUGGCUGCAACGUUAAUUGCUUUGGCAGUUUCUACACUGUACAUUGUAUUUACGAGUCUCAUAGCUUAUUGGAUGAGAAGAUAUACCAACUAUUAUAUACAGGAUCCGUUUGUAAGGUCCCUAUUUUUAGAAGGUAUCGCUACCGGUGAACUUUGCGGAGCAUGUUUCGAAUUAAUAAUAAUUGCGGAUAACUGGGGUGUUUCUAUGUAUGGCGUAUAUUUAUUCGUACUGACGAUUUGGUGGUCUCUGAAUUGGGAAGACGCCACCGCUUGUCCCUACACGCACAUCGAAGACGUUGUCAAUGGAACGAAGUCAGUGCGCGAUGCUUUCCUUUUAAUAUGGGCUGAACUUGUCGGCGGUCUUGCCGUUUUUAGAUACGUGCAAUUACUUUGGGCACUGGAAAUUGUUUCGACGCACAAACACAAAGCAUUCGAAGAUUGUACUACCGAUCUACAAGUGCCUGUAAUAUUUGGAGCAUUUAUAGAAUGCGUGGCAACUUGUAUAUAUAGGGUGGUCUCACGUGGCUUGAGCGAGAUAAAUUCGAAGAUUAGUGUUAUUCUUGAUUCCUUCGUUGGAACAACUUUGGUUAUCGCAGCUUUCGAUUAUUCCGGCGGCUACUUCAAUCCCGCGCUGGCCACCUCGUUGAAAUACGGAUGUUUAGGAACUUCCUUUAUGGAGCACGUGAUAGUCUAUUGGGUGGGUGCGUGUGCGGGUUCCAUCGCCUCUUUACGAGUAUAUAGGCUACCGUUUGUUCAACGGUAUGUGGAACAAUAUAAAGAGAAAACGCUUUAAGUCACCGACGGUGAAACAUCGGGUCGUUGCACGAGUUUGUUGGUUUUCUGUUUGCCCGACUUUCCCGUUGUUUGUUUUAUCUUAUUCCCUGUUUUCUGUCUGAGUUACCGUUCUACGAAGUAACGUCUAAGUUUAUACAUACUUGUAUCGAGUCUCUCAGAUUGUUACAAUAUUUGCGCACAAACAAUUUCUCGAAAGCGGUCACCCUCCUCGCGCGUUUACAAAGUAGCAACAUUUUUAGAUAUUGUAGGGUGACGAUAGUGUUACGACGAUUUGAGUUGAAAUUAAUGUAAAAUUAUCCAUAGCGAGCGAUGCGUGUAAUAAUGCGAGCAUAAUGUAUCGUAACUGUACAAUAAAAGUACAAAUAAAA